AUGACUUCAGGUCAGCGUUUGAGAGAGUUAAUCAACGAGCGACUAACUGCUGCUGCUGAAGAAAUAUUCCGACAUUUUCAAACAACUAUCUCAGAGUACGAAGAAGAGAUCAACCGUCAGCGCAGACUGCUGGAUAUCGUUUGGAAACCUGAAAUAAAGUUACACAGAACAGAGCUCCCACAGCAGCAUGUCUGUGGGGAGGAGGAGGUUCUCACUGACCAGCAGCUCUGUGACCAGGAGAGGAACUCAAGUCUGGACCAAGAGGAACCAGAGCCUCCACAGAUUAAAGAGGAACAAGAGGAACCAGAGCCUCCACAGAUUAAAGAGGAACAAGACGAACCAGAGCCUCCACAGAUUAAAGUGGAACUCUGCACCAGUCUUGAGAUAGAACAGCCGGUACUGAAGGAGCAGACAGAAACCUUGAUGUUGACUCCUACCUGUGAGGAAAGUGAAGAUCAGACUCUGGACUUGAGUCCUGAUAAAACUCAGAUUGACAAGUCUACCACUUUAAAGAUUCACAAUAAUACUUUGACAAAGAAACCGUGUUUUGAAUGUGACACUUGUGGGAAAUCCUUUGUGGUCAAGUCCAGUUUGUGCAGACAUCUCAGAGUUCAUACAGGUGAAAAGCCGUAUACAUGUAACACCUGUGGGAAAAGAUUCGCUGAUCUAACCAACUUAAAAGUGCACAUGAGGGUCCAUACAGGUGAAAAGCCAUAUACAUGUAACACUUGUGAGAAAAGAUUCUCUGAUCUAAACAACUUAAAAGUGCACAUGAGGGUCCAUACAGGUGAGAAGCCGUACCCAUGUGACACUUGUGAGAAAAGAUUCUCUCAGCUGUGCUCAUUAAAAGUGCACAUGAGACUCCAUACAAGUGAGAAGCCGUACCCAUGUAACAUUUGUGAGAAAAGAUUCUCUGUGCUGAGCGCAUUAGAAGUGCACAUGAGAGUCCAUACAGGUGAGAAGCCGUACAAAUGCAAAACUUGUGGGAAAUCAUUUGCGGUCAAGGCCCAUUUGUGCGGACAUCUCAGAGUCCAUACUGGUGAAAAGCCACAUACAUGUAACACCUGUGGGAAAAUAUUCUCUAAUAUAACCAACUUAAAAUUGCACAUGAGAACACACACAGGUGAGAAGCCGUACCCAUGUAACACCUGUGGGAAAAGAUUCUCUAUGCUGAACGCAUUAAAAGUGCACAUGAGAACACACACAGGUGAGAAGCCGUACCCAUGUGAUACCUGUGGGAAAAGAUUUUCUGAGAGGAACAAAUUAAAACGACACAUGACUCUCCAUACAGAUGAGAAGCCAUACAAUUGCAAAACUUGUGGGGAAAAGUUCAGAUAUACUACCCAUUUGACUAGACACAUGAGAACACACAAAGUGGGAAAAGAUUCUGUCUGA